AUGCACCGUGGUAGAAGAGAACUCGUGCCGUACAAUCACAUUCAAGGAUUUGCUUCGACAAAUGUACCAGCUUAUUCGAAUGGUGACGAUAACUUCUUUUCCAAUGAACGACACUAUGUUCACGGCAUAUUUACAGGAUUUAAAUGGCAAUGUGUUGAAUUUGCUCGUCGAUGGUUGUUGAUGCGCAAAAGUUGUAUAUUUCGAAAUAUCAGAUCUGCUGCUGACAUAUGGAGUGAUCUAAUCAGCAUUGAACGAGUCACCGACGGUCAGCAUUUUCCGUUGAAAGCCUUUCGUAACGGUUCUCCACACAAACCUAAAAGUGAUUCAUUGCUCAUUUAUCCUCGCCAUUCAUCGGAACUACCUUUCGGACACGUCGCUAUCAUAUGUGAAGUUGGAUCGGAGUUUGUUUGUAUUGCCGAGCAAAAUUAUCGUUUUCAUCAUUGGUCAAACAAGAACUAUGCUCGUCAACUUCGUUUGACUUUCAAAAAUGAUCUUUACUAUAUCGAAGAUUAUUAUGAAAUUAGCGGUUGGAUGGAAAUUGGUGGGAGCAAUCAUUUAGAACCGUUCGAUGAAUCCAAAGUUAAUUCCAUUCUUGAACAGUACAAACAAUGA